GAAGAAGAGACUGCGCAGACCCGGUAGUUGCUUUCCCACCUGCGUCUGGAAGCCCCGGGAAGGCUGCGCUAGUCCUGGGUCCCGGCGAGCUCUGCCUCGGGGGGACCCUUUGGGCCUGGGUUCGGGCCAGAGCUGGGAGCAGCAAGGAGCCAGAAUGGGCCCCCAGGUCCUCACCGGCAGGCCCCCCCAGGAAUCAGUGACAUUCAAGGAUGUGGCUGUGGACUUCACCUGGGAGGAGUGGGGCUACCUGGACACUUCCCAGAAGGAGCUUUACUGGGAGAUGAUGCUGGAGAACUACAGGAACCUGGUCAGCCUGGGCCUUGCAGAUGCCAACCUGGAUAUGAUCUCUCAGCUGGAGUCAGGGGAAGCGCAUGGGAUUCCAGUGGGCGGUGUCCUAAGAAGCUGCUGGCCAGCUUGGGAUACCAGGCCUCAGACCAAGGAGUCAUCUCCAGAGAUAAGUAUUUCUGUCGAAGACUUAUCCCAGCAAACACCCUCAUGGGAUGAUCCACACAUCUCCAAGAUGGGUAAAGCCUGGGAGUAUUAUAGCAGGUUAGAGAAAGAGCAGAGCAAUGAGGAGAAACAUUCUAGACGAAGAAAUGUGACUCAAACAGAACCUCCCAAUGAAGUGAGAGGCUCUGAAUGCAGUAAAUACGGCCCAGUCCUUUCUCCACAACAGGAUGUCUCUGUACUAAUGAAUCUCCACAGAGGUGAUGGCCAGAGAAGGAGUUUCACCAUUUGUUCAAACCAAAGACAGUGUAAUCAAGUCCAUUUGCAAAAGAAAUAUUCUGAGGUUAACAAACGUCAGAAAGCCUUCAGUUGUGAUUUUGACCCCAUUAAAAAAUAUGGAAUUCAUGCUGAAGAGAAACUUCAUGAAAGUAGGAGUUCUUUCCUCCCAAAUAACAAACUUAGUCUAUACCAGAGUACUAAUGCAGGAAAAAAAUGUUAUGAAUUGACUAAAUGUGGGAAGACGUCCUGGCAGAAGGCAGAUCUUACACAACACUCUAGUAUUCAGAGUAAAAACAAAUCUUAUAAAUGCAAUGAAUGUGGAAAGGCCUUCCAGCAGAAGAUAAGUCUUAAUCUACAUUAUAGAAUCCAUACUGGAGAGAAACCUUUUGAAUGCAGUGAUUGUGGAAAGGCCUUCCACCAGAAGAUUGAUCUUAUAAGACACUGUAGGAUUCAUACUGGAGAGAAACCUUUUAAAUGCAAUGAUUGUGGGAAAGCCUUUCCCCGGAGCACAACCCUAACUCUACAUCAGAGAACUCAUACCGGAGAGAAACCCUUUGAAUGCAAUGAAUGUGGGAAGGCAUUCCGACAAAGCUCUAAACUUUCUCUGCACCAAAGAACUCAUACGGGAAUAAAACCUCAUGAAUGCAGUGUUUGUGGGAAGGCAUUCUCUCAGAAGUCUGAUCUUACUCGUCAUGGUAGUAUUCAUACUGGAGAGAAACUUUAUGAAUGUAAUGAAUGUGGAAAAGCCUUCACUCGGAAUACAGGCCUUUCAUUGCAUAAGAGAACACAUGUUCAAGCAAAAUCUUUUGAAUGUAAUGAUUGUGGGAAGGCAUUCUGCCGGAUCACAGCACUUACUCAACAUUAUAGAAUUCAUGAUGGAGAGAAAUCUCAUUAAUAAAAUCACUGAAGCAAAACUUUUCUGUGGAAGAGACUCCUUGAUAAAUUACUUAAUAUUGGAAAGGAACCAUGGAACUACACAGUGCAUGUAAAAAGCCUUUCAGUUAAAUGCAGGAAAUACAAAACCCAGCAAAGACCACUCCCUGCUCUCAGGGAUCUUACAAUGACCAUCCUGGAUGCCGAGUCCCCGCCCCCCCUCCCCCAGCUUCUCCCUAGGACCGGCCGCGGGAAAGGGGGCGUGGCCCGAGCGGGAAAACCCAGAAAGGACCCGCCCCUCCGCGAAUUAGCCAAUGGGCUCAUCCCCCCGGAGGGAGCGUCUGCGCAGGCGCUGGAGUUUCCUUUUGCGGCUCCAUCCCUAAGCGGUUCGGUCCUGAGGAGCUUUCCCUGCUUGUCCGGGUCCGAGCUCCGCCUCGUGGGACCCUUGGGCCUGGGCGCGGGCCAGAGCGGGGAGCAGCAAGGAGCCAGAAUGGGCCCCGAGUUCCUCACCAGCAGGUCCCCCCAGGAAUCAGUGACCUUCAAGGAUGUGGCUGUGGACUUCACCUGGGAGGAGUGGGGCUACCUGGACACUUCCCAGAAGGAGCUUUACUGGGAGGUGAUGCUGGAGAACUACAGGAACCUGGUCAGCCUGGCUCUGCCUGGUGGGACCCCAGGGGCCUGGGUGCAGGCCAGAGUGGGGAGCAGGAAGGAGGGAAGAAUAGGCCCCGAGUUCCUCACCAGCAGGCUCCCCCAGGAAUCAGUGACAUUCAAGGACAUGGUGGUGGACUUCACUUGCAGGGAGUGGGGCUACCUGGACACAUCCCAGAAAGAGCUUUACUGGGAGGUGGUGCUGGAGAACUACAGGAACCUGGUCAGCCUGGGUCUUGCAGUAUCCAACUUGGACAUGUUCUCUCAUCUGGAGUCAGGGGAAGCACAUGGGAUUCCAAUGGGUAGUGUCCUGAGAACCAUCUGGCCAGAUUGGGACACCAGACCUCAUUCCAAGGAGUCGUCGCCAAUGAUGAGUGUUUCCAUGGAAAACUUAUCCCAGAAAACAUUUUCACAGCAUGCUCCAUGCGUCUCCAAGAUGAGGAGAGCCUGGGAGCGUUAUGGCAGUUCAAAGAAAGAGCAGAGCAAUGAGAAUCAUCCUAGACUGGUAAAACUAAUGCAGACAGAAGCUCCGGGGAAAGGGAGAGACUUUGAAUGCAGUAAAUACAGGCACACAUCCAGCCUCGAGCCAGUCCUUUGCCUACCACAGGGGGUAUCUGUAGUAAGGAAUCUCUAUAAAGGUGAUAUCCAGAGAAAGAGUUUUACUGUGUAUUCAGACCAAAGACAAUGUAAUCAAAUCUGUUCAAAGGAUAAGCAAUCUAAGGUUAACAGAUUUCAAAAAACCUUUGAUUGUGAUUCGGACCACAUUAAAAAACAUGGAAUUCAUGUUGAAGGGAAACUUCACAAAAGUGGGAAUUCUUUCCUCCUGAAUAAUGAACUUAGUCUGCACCAGAGAACUGAUACAGAAAAACAGUGUUAUGAAUCGACUAAAUGUGGGGAGAUAUCUUGUCAGAAGGCAGCUCUUACUCAACUCUCUAGCAUUCAGAAUAAAAACAAAAUUUAUAAAUGUAGUGAAUGUGGAAAGGCCUUCCAGCAGAAGAUAAAUCUCAUACAGCAUUUCAGAAUUCAUACUGGAGAGAAACCUUUUGAAUGCAGUGACUGUGGAAAGGCCUUCCGCCAAAAGACUGAUCUCAUACGACAUUACAGGAUUCAUACUGGAGAAAAACCUUUUAAAUGCAAUGUUUGUGGGAAAGCCUUUCCACGGAACACAACACUGACUCGACAUCGGAGAACUCACACUGGAGAGAAAUCCUAUGAGUGCAGUGAAUGUGGGAAGACAUUUGGAUCAAGCUCCAAUCUUUCUCUGCACCGGAGGACUCAUAAAGGAAUAAAGCCUCAUGAAUGCAGUGACUGUGGAAAGGCAUUCCCUCAGAAGUCUGAUCUUACUCGCCACAUUAGUACUCAUACUGGAGAGAAACCCUAUGAAUGCACGGAAUGUGGAAAAUCCUUUACCCGGAGCACUGGUCUUUCAUCCCAUAAAAGAAUACAUGGCAGACAGAAAUCUUAUGGAUGUCAUGAAUGUGGGAAGGCAUUCCGCCGGAUCACAGCACUUACUGAACAUUAUAGAAUUCAUGAUGGAGAGAAACUUCAUUAAUAUAAUCAUUGAAGCAAAACUUUUCUCUGGAAGAGACUUUUUGACAAAUUUAGUUAAUAUUGGAAAGGAUCCAAGAAAUAUAGUCCACAUAGAAAGCCCUUCAAUUUAUGAUGAUGGACUAUUUUUCCUCAAUAUAGGGGGGUCAUUGACUAGAGAGGCAAAUGAUACAUGUACUCCCAUAAGUAACCAGUGUGUUGACUUACUUUCCUUGACAAUAUGUAAUUGUUACAGGGGAGCUCUUUCCUGGGGAGGAGAGAGUCUGUGGUGAGUGGCAGUGAUGUGUCCAAGAAAUAAAAGGACCAUCAAUAAAAGAAAAAUUACAGUCCUUCAGCCAGAACAGAACUUCCCGAGUAUCACGCUUCCAACAUGGAAGAUAGACAGAUGUAGGACAGACAAUAGUAUAAUUAGGUGCCAUUAGAACAAUUUGAGUAGUUUUGGAUGGUUAAUAGCAGCUUGGAAAGCGGUCAGCGCUCAAGUGCCUUUAGGGAUUUGUACUUAGGCCUGGUCUGUUGAACAUUUUUAUCAAUGUCUUGAGAUAGUAUGUGUAAAAGACUAAACGUUAAAGCAUCAUGUACCUAUAAUCUCUUGUUACUUAAGGCAUAAGUAGUAUGCAUGUCAAACAUAUUGAUGACUCAAAAAAAUUAGCUUAGUUUUGUCCCUUCCCCUCAAUCCCCUUUGAGGGAAGCUUGGGAUUCCCAGUGUGUAUUUCAAGCACGAAGAGUAGGUGGGACAUGGAACACCCUCUAGGUCAGUUUGACCUAGGGAAGUUCCAUCUCCUGACGGGGAGGAGAUGGUGCAAUGAACCAGAAGAUAGGAACAGUAGGGCACGUCACACCAUCUUUGUCAUUUGCAAAGCCUUCUGGAAAGUUAACUGUAGAACCAGGGAGAGGGUGUGUGUGUGUGUAUGUGUGUGGAGCCUGGCUGGCUGGCUAUGACAGAUGAGCCUGGAGUUUGCCAUGUCUCCAUUUCCCCAAGACAAGGAAGAAAAGGCAAGACCAUAAAGCUAUUCCAGGCCCACCCACCCCCACCUCAUCAGAAAAUGUGAGGAAUGAUUUAUUGGGCUCUUAUUUUAUUCCAAUCAGUAUUGAUCAGUUUAGUGUGAUUCCAUAGGGGUAGUGAUUGUUAGUAAUUAUUACUGACAUACUCAUCUAGUAAUAUACAUUUUAUUACAUGUGUUAAUACAUAUUUUACAUACAUCUAGGGAUAAUUAAAUAAGAUAGAUUGUUAUAAUGGGCCCCAAACUUUAAAUUACAUUUAAUAACCUGUUAAAAAAGUACCAAGGUUCACUUGCCUAACCACAGGAGUGCUCCCUAGAGGAUGUCCACCAUUUUGGGUGAUGAGGGCAUGACCAACCCUAGCAUGGGUGGGAUGUCUUAAUGUGAUAUGGAAAAUCACUUAUAUUUUUGUGCCUCUGACCCACCCUCUCUUGCCCAACAGGAGGAGGGGCCCAUCUUACGUCAGCAGGGAUGACCCUUGCCUUGACUGUAUUUUACUUUGUCUCUUCUGAGUGUCUGGGUAUCAAGCCCUAUAAAAAUAAGGUCCUGGGGAAAGGAGGCAUCUCAGACUGUGAGGAAGUUCUGAGGUCCUAUUCAUUGAAGAGUCCCUUUAAUAAAUGGUUGUUGGCUCAGA